CCCGCCGAGGGCCAUUGGGUUGCUAAUGCGCCGGAGAUCUCCAAGCCACUGAUGGAGAAGCAGCGCCGGGCGCGCAUCAACGUGUCGCUGGAGCAGCUCCGGCUGCUGCUGGAGAAGCACUAUUCGCACCAGAUCCGGAAACGCAAGUUGGAGAAGGCAGACAUCCUGGAGCUGAGCGUCAAGUACAUGAAAAGCCUCCAGAGCUCCGUGCAAGGGCUCUGGCCCGGCCGCAGCGGCGCCGAGUACCCGUCGGGCUCCCGCGGCUGUCUGGCGGGCGCUAGCCAGCUUCGGCGGCGCGGGGAGGACGGCGCCGGCGGCGGGCUGCGCGGCCCGCAGGGGCCCGAGCGCACGGCGGGCAGCACCACGGACAGCGCCAGUCCCCGCCCGGAGGCGCCCACGCGCUGCGGCCCUUGCGCCCCCGCCAUGUGGGCCCCUAAUCCGGGCGCCGGCGGCUCGCGGUGCCCGCCAUCCAGGCUCCUCCUCCCUGGCGGUCUCCCCUGCCCGUCCACCAACGUCCCGGCACCGCAGGCGGCGUCUCGUCACUGCGCCGAGAGCCCGGGGUCGGGGUUGCGCCUGUGGCGGCCCUGGUAAGGCCCAGGCGUGGCCUCGGACUCAAGGGGUCCCCCGUCUGGUCUGCCGGCGCAGACACAGUUUGG